GGUCUCUUUGGGAGGAGAAAUAUUUUAAACGGCACGCAAUGCUACAACAGACCAAAGACGGAGAAGCUGAAGCUGCUAAUGCGGCAACAGUUGAACAAGUUGCGAAGCAGGUUGGAGAUUUGACUACUCAAGAUGACCCGGAAACAGACACUGCGGUUGACAGCGGUGACAAGAAAAAGAAGAAAAGAAAGAAGAAGAAGAAGCCAGCACAGGUUUUUGAAAAGGCUAUUGCCAACGAGUAUAGAGGCAUUUAUCCACCAGGUGAGUUCCAGGACUAUAACUUGAAGCGUACCACCAACGAAGAAGUGCGUGCCGAUGCCAACCUCGAAGAGGCAGAGAAAUCAUGGAACAAGUUCCGUAAAGGUGCCGAGAUCCAUAGAAGAGCACGUAAACACGCCCAGGAGAACAUCAAGCCGGGUAUGACUAUGACUGAGAUUGCAGACUUGAUUGAGAACCAAAUCAGGGAUAUGGCGGGCACCAACGACACUUUGAAAGGUGGGAUUGGUUUCCCAACGGGUCUAUCGCUUAACCAUUGCGCCGCCCAUUAUACCCCUAAUGCCGGAGACAAGGUUGUGCUUCAGUAUGACGAUGUUAUGAAGGUUGAUAUCGGUGUUCAUGUCGAUGGGUACAUUGUUGAUUGUGCUUUCACUCACACCUUUAAUCCAAAAUAUGAUGGGUUGUUAAACGCGGUCAAGGAAGCCACCAACACUGGUAUCCGUACAGCAGGUAUUGAUGUGAGAUUGACUGACAUUGGAGAAGCCGUUGAAGAAGUCAUGGAGUCUCAUGAGGUCGAGAUUGACGGUAAGACCUACCCUGUUAAGUGUAUCAGAAACUUGAACGGACACAACAUCUUGAACCGUCGUAUCCAUGGUGGUAAGAGCAUCCCUAUAGUUAAGAACGGGGAUCCAACCAAGUUGGAGGAAAACGAAACCAUUGCUAUCGAGACUUUUGGUUCCACAGGUAAAGGCUAUGUUGUCCAGAGUGGUGAAUGUUCACACUACAUGAAGAAUACCGAACCACCUGCUAACGCCUCUGUGAGAUUAGACCGUGCAAGAAAGUUGCUAGAUACUAUCGAUAAGAACUUCGGCACUUUGCCAUUCUGUAGACGUUAUUUGGACCGGAUUGGUGAGGAGAAGUACUUACUUGCAUUGAACCAGUUAGUAAGGGAAGGUUUGGUUACCGAACAUCCUCCGUUGGUCGAUGUGAAGGGUUGUUACACAGCACAAUUCGAACACACCGUUUUGUUGCAACCUACUAGAAAAGAAGUUGUUUCCAGAGGUGAUGAUUAUUAGUGGCGAAGCGGCGCCUUUUGAUUGAUCUAGUUUGGGAAAAUGGUUAUUAGUGGUUAUUAAGUAACAUUUUAUAAAGAGAAAUAAACUCAAAUAUACAUUUAUCAUAGUUCGUCUUUGCUCAGAUACUC